CUGACAGCGCGCGCUGGUGGAGGGAAUGUGCUAGUGAGGGGCAGAACUACGGAGAGGAUGCGGCGUCCUAGAGGGUGAGGGGGUGGAGCCAAGUUGCUAUACGCUUUUCCCAUCUGUCUGACUGGAAGGGUUUGGAACUGGAGCCGCUCAAGUCACCGGGAGGAAGAGGGGAGGGGUGGCCGGGGGAGGGGGCGGUUCAGCAGGGGGAUAGAUGACAGGAGGCCGGAGAGAGGGUGAGUUAUUCCCCCCCCCUCAGAAACCGAGAUUUUUUACCUCAGAAAUGCGGUAUUAUGGCAUCCUUGAGGUUACCUCAUAAAUCUGCUGUGAGGGGGGGGAUGAUACAAAAUGGUCUGCACUGAUUGCAUUUCCAUUGCACUAAUUUCUGUCCACUCCUGCUGCUCCAUGAGGAUUUAUAGGUGACAUCGGAUUUUCAUUGACCCCCAGGGACCCUACGGUAAUGGUAUUGCCUGUCCAGGGACGUCACUAUUGGUCGCUGGCUGACCUAAGGAUUGUUUCAUUUACAAAGGACACCCCUUCCCCCCCCACCCACCCAAGGAUGGACGACUGGCUUCUGCAUACACCGUAACAAGGAAAAUCCCAUUAUCCCCGUAUGCCCUAUUCGGUACUAAGGGAUACCUGGACGGGACUCGACAGACAACGAAGUUUCACCAGCCUGGAACAGCUGAGAGGAUAUAUUUCCCAUUCAUUGGAUGUGCUGUUACACAAGGACAAUGCCUUUCUUAUUAUUAGGGACACCCGCCCGCUGUGGGAAAUUAGAUUCAAAUAUCCAAUCAUUUCUGAACUGAUUCACUGCAAAUGACACCCUGUCUCCCCUAAACCGACUAUUAACAGACAUUUACCAGCAACUUCGUUAAUUAUAUUUGUCUUGGCUUUUCUGGACUGGUAAUAAGGGAAGUUUACCAGCGACUUCGGUUGAUAGAUUUUUACUCGUCUAUUACAUUGGUUUUUCUUGAAUGGUAUCGAGGAAUAUUUACCUGUAACUUUGGUUAAAAGAGUUUGUUCAGCCUCAUGUUACAGACAAUGUCCUUCGUUGGGGUUAUUAUUUGCACUAUAUAGGACUCAACGGAUAUGCAGAUUCGGACGGCACCCUUUUGUAGUGAGGACUUUUUAAGUGGUUGAAAUGGAAAUGGAAUGUUCCUACCUCUUCCUUUAAAUAAGUAAAAAGCAGGUUACGAGACUUAUCAAACUCUUACAGUUGUAGUUGAGGAAUCCCACUGAGGUCUUUAAAGAGGAAGAGCUGUUUUAUAGUUGGUGGACUGCAUGUUCAGGAUUUGUGAGAGUCACAUUGUGUUUGAAAGUAUUUAUUGUCUAAGAAAAAGUAUUAGAAGGAAAGCACUGGGCAGUAAUAAUAAAAAAAACUACUGUAAGCUGAAACUUCGGAGCAAGGAGAAGAGAAUAAAAAAAAAAACGAAAUUGAAGAGCGAGAGAACAAAUGCUGGCUGAAAAACAUGACACAUUAUACUUCCGUGCAGGAGAUCUUCUUGGGUGAAAAAUAUUCUGAAUGAAUUGCGAACGAUCUUUAAAUUUAUUGGAGACGUGUGUAUGACGACAGGAAUAUACCUGAGAUUCAGUAAGAAAUGUGCCCUUGUUUUAUAUUUUUAAUAGAUACAAUAGAUGUUUUCAAGCUGCUUUACAAAUCUCUGCUCUUUUCUUAUUUUUUUUCUGGAUUAAGUUUUCUAAAACCAGCCUGUCACCAGUGACUGUAAUAAUCCUCAUAAAUAGAGAAGGCAAAAGUCUCAAGGUAGGGAGAGGUAUUAUCUGUCUCUGACAGGCUAUUUUCAGCUCUCUUUCAGUAGGGCAGUGUUGAAGAAUUUCUGUCUACACAGUGAUUUUUCCAGUGUUCCAUAAGUAAGGGCACUUGAAUGAAUGGGUUUUCCUCUCUAAAAUAGAUGUUCAAGGAGUGGAGCUAUUUUUUUCACUGAAACAUUGUAAUAUUUUGUUUGUGGCUCAGAUAGGGUUCUUUAUUCGGAUUCCAAUUACACAUGGCUUUCCUGAGUGGUCCCCGGCUCCUAGACUGGGCCAGCUCGCCGCCUCACCUACAGUUCAAUAAGUUUGUGUUGACAGGAUAUCGUCCUGUGGCAAAUGGAGGUGAAUGCAUGAGGAGCCUCUUCUAUCUGCACAACGAACUUGGAAACAUCUACACACAUGGGAUCCCACUUCUCUGUUUCCUUUUCCUGCUUCCUCUUCACAUACACUGGCUUCAGCUGUCCGUGCCAUGGCUAGGUUUGGUACAUUACCUGGCAUGUGUAACUCCACAAUUGGGCAGUGUUGUGUAUCAUCUCUUCAUGAACCAUCACGGUGGGGCUCCAGUCUACCACAAACUUCUUACAUUUGACAUGUGUGGAAUCUGUCUGGUUAACACGCUAGGUGCCCUUCCAAUCAUAUACUGUACCUUGAUGUGCUACCCAUCCACUAGGACUUUGGCCCUUCUGGCAUAUUCUGCUUUAUCGAGCUACGUGAUCUUCUGUGCAGUCAGCGCCCACAGCAAUGUCAGUCGGCUCUGCUCAUUUGCCUGGCAGGCCGCAUUCCGCUUCUUCAUUUUUUACCUGCGCUGGGCAGACCUAGGUUUUGGACACCCAUCCUCACUGCGCUGCUACCUCUUGAUGGAUGGUUUGGCCUUGCUUGGCGGCAUAAUUAACGUUUCUCGUCUACCCGAGCGCCUUCACCCAGGAAAAUUUGACUACUGGUUCAACAGCCAUCAGAUCAUGCAUGUCUUGGUGGUGAUCAGCAUCCUGUAUUUGCACUGGGGCGUGACUUCUGAUCUUUCUUGGAUCAGUAGCCAUUCCUGCCCCUCGGACUGAGACUCUUCAUCAGCAGGGUUAAGAUCAUCCUUCUUCCUAAAUAGUCUGAUUAGACCUGAGGGCAGCUUAGCUUUUAGAAAAAGCGGCAGUGUUUGAGAGGAGGUAGUGGUGCUCUAUACCAUAUUGUAGCAUGCUGCUGGUACGGGGAUGAAGUGCACAAGGCAAGCCCCGCUCCACAAGAAAAUGUUUUAUAAAGUACUGUAGAAAACUUGAAGUUUACCAUAUUUUAGAAUAUAUAAACAAAAAAUACAUUUGCAUUAAAGGACCAGUAACACUAAGAUUUAAAAAAACAUUAUAGUACCUCCUCCUUCCAGCACAAUGUUCACUAUUUUAAUGCUUUAUUAAAAAAUACCAUAAUGAAUAUCUUCAUCCGGUUGUGCUGUCUCUCAGAAAUAGGGCAAUAUGGCGACAUGCCCUCAGCUUUAUUCUACGUGCGCGCUCCACAUCUCCUGGCCCGACUUCUUCUUAAGCCGGAAGUCAGUUGCUGCGCUGCUGUGGAGGAUUUUUCAGCUUUCAUGAUUUAAAUUUAAGCCUGAUGAAUGCUGCGAGCAGUGAAGGCAGCACCCAGGUCAGCCAUAAAUCCUCUACAGCAGCGCAGCAACUGAUUUCCAGUUUAAAGAGACACUGACACCAGAAAUGAACCUUUUUUUACAUCUACCAUAAAAUUGACUUUGCAUGCUUCUUAUAAUUUUGCCAUAAAGUAUUUGCCCAAAGCUUUUACAUUACCUAUCUGACUC